AGGCUCCUCAAUCUUCGUGUCUAUAGCUUUUUACCCAUGGACCCAGCAAAUCCAAAUUCCAACACCAACUCCUUUUCUGCGUAGUGUCUCCACUCUCUCUGACACACUUGAUUUUUCAAAAUUGGAUUUUUCAAAAACUCAAAUUCAUUUUCAUGCAGCUAUCUUCAUAAACUCAUUUAAGGGUAUUAACUGCAUCAUAUGAAACCAAGGUACUGCCGUUUUCCAAUGCACGACCAGAUAGAUUGAUUUAUCAUCGCAAUUACAAUGGCUUCUCCCGAAGGGGGUCCCAGUGAACGCGGCAUGCUGCCUCAGAGUCGGAACAGUGAGGUUCUUGAGUAUCCAGCGGAUGCCCUCGACAAUCUCGAAGAACGAGGUACGCUGUCUUUCGAUGACCAAAGGCAACGCGCACUUCCAGGUGGCUCGAUGUUGGAAAGGGACGAGCGCAAUUUGAACCGACUGUACAUACAUCCGUAUCGACUGCGUGGCUCAGUGCCAAUCGAGGAGCGAGGACAGCCUGUGUCAGGAAAUUACGUACAAAGCCGCGGGACGAGCAGUGGUCUCCCUCUUUCUUCGAACAUCAACGAGCGGGUAUCCUCAGCGACACUUGACGCAAGCCGUAUAAUCGUGCCGCAAGGGGAACAAUUGGCGGCAUUGCGAGCAAAAGUGUCUCCCGACGAAGAUUUGCCGAUGACGAUUGCUAGAGGGCGCGCUGAUGAACUUCCGGUAGAUGCGAUGGCACGAUUGGAAGAACGAGGCACAGUGUCACCCGAGGACGAUAAUACGCAUGGUCGAGGUCGACAGCAUGUGGAUGCGAAAAGAAUACCUGGCGCUUCGGUUUUCGAACGAGACGAACGCGCGGCAAAUCAACUCUACAUACACCCUUACAGGUUGCAAAGCUCCGUUCCUGAAGGUGCAGUGGAGUCUGGAGGAUUGAUUGCGCCUGAAUUGGAACCGGAGCCGGGCAUUUUUACUCCAAACUUUUUAAGGAGACUUGGUAGCCGCGCUCCACCACCACGAAACCAACCAGAGAGGACCUCUAACCCCCUUCCAAUUGAUGCCUUGGAUUUCUUGGAGGAGCAGGAGCGCACAGGAAAAGCAGACGAGCAGGAUACAUUUUUUCUAUCAGGAUCACCACUACGGAUUGUGACUACCCGAUCAAUAUCGGACAGUCGUGUCAGGAUGUCUGGUUCUUCGGAGGUAGCAGUUGAUGGGCCCUAUGCGCCCCGCGGUGCAUCCGUUCGAGAACCGCAGUCUUCGGUCUCAUCGUCAGCCUCGCUCAGGUUGGGCGCCGAUGAAGAGGCGAAAAUGGCGCGCUGGCCGCCUGGGGCCAUUCCGGCCGACAUGGUCCAGGUCACGCCAAGAACAGCCGCAGUUAGGGGUUGGUCCGCUCGUGGUGCGGUUGAGCACAAGGCUCAGCUUUCGAGUACGCCAAGAGGGAAACCAAUGUUGCCAUCGCUUGGCGAGCGUUCGCGGACGGCAAGUGGGGCAAAGGAAGCGACGACCCGACGUAGUGUUACUAGGUCUAGUUCGUCGUUUGGGGAAGCACUACUAGGUCAGUACUUCCAUCUGGCGCAAAAUCGGUUGAGCGGACAUUAUCCUUGGCAGGAGCACAGCAAUCUGUACAACCGACAACAGGAUGAUGUUGAUGAUGAAGACAUGCUGAUCGACGAAUAUCCGACUGUUGCAGGCGAACACAAUUCCAACGAAGAACCGAUCCACGUUAACAGGAGUGUCAACGAUUUUCUGCUGCCAGGGUCAAGGAUAGUUGCUGAAGGCGACACUGCAGAGGGCAGGAGCGUGCAGUCUUUGAUGCAGAGUUGCGGACUUGCGCCUAGCAGUGGCUCCAAAAAAGCGUACGAAACAUUUCUUUCGUGGGCAAUGCCUGCAGUCGUCGGGAUCCUCACAGCUUGCACAGGCAGUCUGAUUCAGGUUGUGAGCAGCUUAUUUUUCACGUGGCGAAGUGGUCUUUGCGUGGACAACAUAUGGAAGAACGCGUCUCAGUGUUGUGGACACGAAGUUAUUGUCGACUUUCGUUGCCGACCCCACCUCGCGACAGCAGAUAACCCGGAACCCUACACCAUGGGCAUCUUGAAGACCUGGAACGAAAUUUUGUUUGACGGGGAACGCCAGUACUAUGCGUGGACGAUCUGGGCACUGAGCGGCAUUUUGCUUGCGCUACUAGCAGCCGUGCUCUGUCAGCGGUUUGCGCCCGCCGCUGCGGGGAGUGGCAUCCCAGAGAUCAAGGCCAUUCUCGGUGGCUUUCCGAUGCCUGCAGUGUUGGAGCCGCAUACGCUGUUUGUAAAGAUAAUCGGUCUUACGACAGGUGUUUCGGCUGGACUGGCGCUCGGGAAGGAAGGCCCCCUAGUGCACGUCGCCUGUUGCUGGGCUGCUUGGCUGGCGCGCCUUUUUCCGGGCUCUGCUUACUACGGGACGAGCGCAGUGCGACGGCGCGAGCUGCUGUCAGCGGCUGCAGCUGCAGGCGUCUCCGUCGCAUUCGGUGCACCGUUGGGUGGCGUACUCUUCUCCUUUGAAGAGGUCUCUACGUUUUUCCCGCAGCGCACUGCUGCGCGCGCGUUCAUCGCUGCAGUGGUCGCCGCACUGAUGCUAAUGUACAUAGACCCAACGGGCAGCGGGAAGCUGACCCUGUUUCAGGUGACUGACGACUGGCGCAUCGAUACCAUUGAGUACGUUUUUUUCGCAGUCCUUGGCGUUUUGGGUGGCAUCGUUGGUGCAAUUUUCAUUGCCAUAAACACGAAAGUGACAAAGCUAAGGAGGUCCGACUGGUGGCGAGAUCGGGUACAUUUCUACUCACACCUCCAGAUCAGGCCUGUGUCAUUAGUUUUUCCGCACCAGACUGACUGGUUUUUCGGAGGUUGAGGACGACCGAACAGCUACAGCUGUGGACUCGUUGCUUCCAUUCUUCUCUCCCUCCAUAUGGAUCUUCACCAUCACAGGUUACUGUUUCUCUCGAGAUCACGCUAAUCGCACUUUUCACGAUGCUGACGUCCACGCGCAAUCGAUUCAUGCAACCCCUGAUGGUGGAGUCUAUUUUCAGACUCUUCGAGCCUUGUGAGGACUUCGUUAAUAGUGUAGGAGAGACCGAGUUCAUUCCUCGUGCUCUCUUGUCAGACGAGAUGCAUUUGUGCAACCGAGACGCGAGCCCUUCUUUGGGAGCGGACAUGCUCCACGAUCUCUUCUUUGCGUGUAUACUGCGGUUCGCUCAAAUGUGCAUCACUUUCGGUGCGGGUCUGCCUGCGGGGCUCUUCGUCCCGUCGUUGUUCGUAGGCGCAUCGAUGGGCAGACUAUUCGGUAUGAAAAUGUUCGGCUUGGUAUGAAAAUGUUCGGCUCGGAAUUUGGCAUUUUCAUUUUUCAGACUAGGUUACACAUUCAUUAGUUGAUGAGCGUAUGAUACUUUAUAGUUUCUUCAUUUCCGAUGAGGAUGACUCGAAACCGAACGUGCAACUGGUUCCGUCCUCGACUGAAGUGAACGAAUCUUCAAGGCAUAUGGUAUAAUGAUUGUUCCCUGUCUUGAUUAUCCCUAUGUACACGAUCUACCCUACCAGGUUCAAUGAUCUAUUGCCUGGGCCAGGCAACGAAUGGUUUUGGGGGUCUGGUCCUUUCGCCAAUCGCGCCUUCGGUGUACGGGAUGGUUGGCGGCGCUGCGGUUCUCGGCGGUGUCUGUCGUGUGACUAUUUCCCUGGUGGUGAUCAUGUUCGAAUUGACUGGCGCUUUAAAGCAUUUGGUGCCGUUUAUGGUUGCGAUCCAGCUGGCUAAGUGGACCGGGGACCUGUUCAACGAUGGCAUUUACGAUCGGCACAUUUUUUUGAAACGCUACCCCUUUCUGUACGAACCGGAGGGCAAGUUUACUCCAGGUGUGGCGCAUGACAUUGUAGAGGCGGAGCGUUUGGCUUGUAUUUGCGUUACAGAGACGCAUACGCUCGCGAGUCUGCGGGAUCUGUUGGCGCUUGUUGGCAACGGCAACGAAUUUCUGCUUUCAAACACUCAUUUCUCAGCGCACCAGCCGGGCUUUCCACUGAUCAUACCUUAUUCAGCAGCGUCUACCAGUGGUCCUGUGCUCACUGGGGGAGCUGCGGGGAAAGAAGAUGUAGUUGCGAGUAUGUUGGACAGGUCACCAAAGUACUGCCCACCGAUAGUGCCGCUUAGUGCGCGGCUUACUGUAAACCCUGAAGAUACAACAUUUGUUUCUGCCGCUGGAUCAUCUACUCAAGAAAACACGAACGCGCCGGGCCGCCCGUUCCGUGGUAUAACAUCAGGUAAUGCAACCGCAGCAACCUCAGACUUCGUCUUGCGGGAAGUGGUGACAGACACAACUGGCCGGCAGCAACAGGCUUCGACAACUUCGGGCCAUGACUACGUCCGUCUCUCAACUUGUGUAGUACCCCCACACCAGCAAAUUGAUGAGACACCUCUCCAACUCCAAAAGGUUGGGAAUGACGAUCUGCUUCCGGACCGGAAUAGGAACACAUGUGCUCCUAAGGGUGAUUCAACAAGGAUUUCUGAAGAUGCGAGUUUCAUGGCUGAUAAUCAUGCAAGAAGAAGUCACCAGGACACCGGAAUCAGUACUGGUGGCCAUGAGCCGGAAGAAGUUGAGCCCUCAAAUGCUACCACAGGAAAACAGCCUGAAGCAGCAUCGUCGUCAUCCAAGGAUUCUUUUAAGGAAAACGCACCCGACCGCGACUCGUCGGUGAUGAAUAGAAUAUCUGCAGGCAGUGCGGUUUCUACCGAUGAAGUCGCUAUGUUCCGCCAAGCUUAUCAGGGCAUCCGCACUCAACGGACUUCCUCUGUUCUCGGCGCCUCCGUACCAGGUCGGCUCUCGUUUGGGGACCACGAUGAUAAAGAAGUAGUAGAAAGAGCGGUAGAGGGAGAGCAGCGCCGCUCUUCCAGAAGUCGCGAGCGUACAACAAAUGCAGCGCGUGAUUCGGCAGCUCAGGGUACAUCGGUACCCAUAUCCUCAGAGGAGGAGGAGUUUCAGUUUCAUAGCAUCGCGGAGGAGCCUGCGACGUCAGCUGCGGAAGAACACGGGACUCUGUCCUUUGCGGUCACACCAAGGAUGAACCCCUUGUCGCUGGCUGAAGGUGAGGCGAGUCGUGCUAUGAUGGGGCCAACAGGAAGGGCCCAGUACAGCAGCGGAGGUGUACGAUCAAAUGUUCCGCAUUUGACACGGGGAAGUGUCAGCAACCCUUCCGGACCCCUGAGCCGUGGGUUACCGGAAAACACACCCGACAGCUACUACCGAUUUCCGUGGCGCGAAAGCAUUGACGCUCGUGGAUCCACAUCAUCCAGACACGGUAGUCGGCCUUACCCACCUGCGUCAGGAGUCGAGGAUGAGAGAUCGUUUUUCUUGUUAGGGUACAUUCAGACGAGCAAGAUCCGAGACGCGGUGGAGGAAUUAGAAGAGAUGGGAAAUAGUCCACAUACUCGCGUGACGUUUUUGCCGCCGGGCGGAGUCGCCUCGUUGUCACAAAUUCCCACGCAAGCCAGGGGGUCAACGGCUUGGCAAGACGCUUUUCAGCCGACUCCAAGAGGCCCUCCGGUAGGUGGGUCAAGCUUCUACUUGCCGGCUGCGCGUCUCUUUUCGACCGUUCGUGAAGAAACAGCAGAGGAAAGCAUGACAGAUGAUGAACGCGAGAGUCGCGGCAAGCAAUGUGGAUUUGCUUCAGACUUGUCUGCACCCUUCCUCUCGCAAGAGCAACGGAUCGAGGAGAAUAGAUCCAAAGAUCGUGACAAUACAGCUGGAGCAGAUGCAGAACGAGAAACACUUGGAGGUUCCUUAGCGACGCGGACCACUUCCGAUGCUCUUGUUCAACAGCAGGACGAGCCGAUAAAUUUGUCAUACCUUGUCGAGAAAAGUGUCCUUCGGGUUGCGCCUGACACGCCGCUCCACCAUGUCCAUCACUUUUUCUACAAACUCGGAAUGCGGUUUGUGGCUGUGGUGGAUCAGCGCGGACGGGCCCACGGCGUAAUCACCAAGGGGCACUUCGUGGCCUACGUUAUCUGGCUCAACAAGAUGGCGCGCAGGCGGUUGCAUCACCGCGCUGAGCGCGUGGCGAAGAAUUUGACACCCAUAGUCAGCCGUUCGCAAAGUCGAGAAACCGGACUUCUUGCAGCGCCCCUACUACCUCCCUCCCCCAGACCUCCUACAGAUCAAAGACUAUGAAGUAAGUAGAGUCAGUGUCUUUGUCUUUGACUAUGUCUUUCCCGGCACACUCCCAAGCAAGUGCUACUUACUUCUUGUUUUUCGUAGAAUUGCAAGUGAUACAUAGAUACCACAAGUUCACUCCUCGUUUUCUUGUGCAAGAUCGGCUUCGGAUGACCCGGCCGAGCAUAACAAAAAGGAAAUAGAUGAUGUAGCACUUUGCCGUUACAUUGUGUGAUCUUGAAUACAUAUUUAUACCAUAGAUCAUACUGGUUCUGAUACCCGUAAGAGAAAGACUAAAAGUUCACGCCGCUUCCGUUGCGAAAUAAUUUUUUAUCAAGUAAUUUAAUCGCUAUGUUGUUGUGCAAGCGGAACGGCGAGUAUUGGUCUCACUUUCUUGGGGCAAUCGAAACUCGAACUUGAUUUGCUUUUAUUGGUUGAUUUUUUGGGAUUUCCUUGCGCCUACGCUCCUUAUCGUAGCUUUCCUUGAUCCUUCGUAUUCCCGAUGUUCUUGUUCGUUAAUCGUUAUCUCUAUUCAUUAUCAAUAUCAUCUUUUACUUUUUCUUGGAUCGGAACUCGACUAGUGUGCGUAAACGAGAUGGGCAUCUUCAGAAAGAUACGAACCUAGACAGCGGAUUUCGAUCGCAGUUGUUCUUGAUCGAGGUAAUAUCGAGACGGUAUAGGUAAUGGUAUUCUACCUGGUUUAUCACCUCCGUUCAGCAUAAGCAAUGUGGCGCUCACACUUGCGUGCUGCGCGAUGGCAUUGUUCGCAGUCGCUCUCAGUAGCGGUCUGGAUCAUUCCGAUGCUUUAAAAAUCGAAAUAACCAACGGUCCAAGAAGUGCCUCACAUGGGAUGACGAUAAGGAUAUGAAGACGAGAUCCAUACCAUAUUCCCGGUGUCGCAUUCGAGGUUGCUUUUCUUUUUCAAACAACACAUGAGGGACCACAGGC